UUUGUGUAAGAAUGAAUUCUAACGGGGUUGUAUUUAUUUUCUCGUACCUUUUUUAUGAAAGUUCCGGUUUAACUGUAAGUGUUGAUGGAAGCAAACUGACAACUAAUAUUGAUACCUUUGAAGACGCAUCUAUUAUUUUGAAUUGUUCAUAUACAGAAGAAGAUGGAGACGAAAUAGUAUCAGACCACGCUAUAUAUUUGCGUAUUUUGGACGAUAAUUUAGCUGGAUUCUCUAAGCCAGGAGGCAUAGACCCUGAUUAUGUAACACCAGCAGGGGAAUAUCUUCGGAACCGUUCAAAACUCUAUAACCCUACGAUAAAUUCAAGUAGUGCAUUAAUUGUGAUUGAAAAUGUCAUCUGUGAAGAUGAAAAACCGGCCUUUUACUUCCGAAUAUUUUAUCGGAACUCUGGCAACUUUCAUACCAAAGAUUCUGCCGAGGUAUCAUUGUCAUUACAAAAGUCGGCACUGCAGCCAUUGGAUCUUCCACUUAUUUCAACAACAGAAACACUUGAGAACGAUGACAUAUUCCUAAGUUGUACUGCAGAUGUAGGUAAAUCCCCGGGAUAUGUAAAGUGGUGGAGGUUCCGGGCCGAUAAAAGCAUUUCUCUCAUUUCUCAAUCAGAGACUUUGAGCGACGAGGCUGGAACAUGUAUCUUUAUUACCACUUUUAAUACAACAUAUCAGGUUACUAGGGAAGAUAUUGGGGCAUUCUUUCGUUGUACUUCGCACAACAACAUUACCCAAGACCAGGGCCCGGAGGAAAAUCCUCAUUACAGAGACACGGAGAAAAUCAACGUGCUUUAUCCCGCUAUGGUGACCAAUAUCAAUCUUGUUCCGGAUAUGAGUAUCUAUCCUGUAUCCACCCCAACAUUACGUCUGACUUGUCUAGCAGAUGGAAAUCCUUUGCCAAACAAUAAUGAUUUCAAAUGGACUUUUCAAAACACCGAUUCCAAUACAACUGAAGAAACUGUCUCUCUGUCAAACUCUCUAACAUUGCGCAAUCUCAAAGAAUCGCACUCCGGAACAUACUUCUGUUCGGUCACCAAUUCACUGAAUUUGACACAUUCUUCCAACAUAACGAUCAUUGUCAAUGGUACAAUACCUGAGCCCCCUCUUCAGUUGCACUGUCACUCAAGUCCAUGCGGGGCCCUCCAAACAUGUGUGGAGGGGGGGCGUGGCUAUGUGUGCGAGACAAACGGAAUGGCUGCUGUCGGUGUCGUCUUCAUCAUUCUUACAUUGCUAUGUGUUUCUGCAUCGAUUGGUCUUGUUUAUUACAUGCGGAAGUUACGCAAUGGCUUGAGAGUUGCACACCAUGCAGAAAAAUACAAUGGACAACAGACAACAAGUCCUACAGCAGAAGAAGACGUCAAUGUAGAUGUCACGUACGCACAGAUAAAGAAACCAUAAUUCAGUUUUUCUGGUUGGAGCAGUAUUCUUGAAGCAUGUCCAUGCAUUUAAUGUUUAAAAGUAAUCCUAUCGGUUAUAACUAUACUUUUUAUAUAAAAUGGUGCAAGAACGAUUUCAAUAUUCUUACUUUUUUCAUGAAAAAUUGACAGAAAUGUUAAAUCAAAAGUGAUUUUUGUUUCAAAAUGAAUUAUAAUAUAUUAUUUGUAUUUAUUUGUGUUCGAAUUAUGGUGGUUGUAUCUAUCAGAAUAAUGUAUUUUAUUUGUAUUAAAACUAUACAAGUAUACAUGUCGUCUUAUUACAAUUUUGUGCAUCAUUAAUUAAAAAGUUUGUUUGGAUCGGGUGUGAUAUGAUACCUGGAGUGUCAAACUCAAAUAAGCACGUCAACAAUGUAAAUCUUCAUAUCAUACAAGCAUCAGUCGAUCACUUUUGGAGUAGUUUUCAAAUGAUAAUUUUCAUAUUGAAUUUGAACAUGCAUUAUAAACCUUUACAAAUUAAACCUUUUUGUUCAAAGUAAAUUUAUAAUCUUUAAGACUGGAUACUCAGAAUAACAUAAUUACGUUAUAUCUUGAAUAAAAGCCUUAGUAUCAGG